UGGAGGUUCAAUAUGGUGAAACCAGGAAAGCAGCCAAGAGUGAAAGGCAAUCUCAAGCCUGCGAGUAGCAGUCGAGCGGCCGAUUUAGCUGCUAGUGCUGCGACACCUUUGACAUUCCAGAAUUUGGGCGCGUUUGCUCAGUUCGCCGGUGCAUCGCCUGCUCUUGCCUUGCACACUUCACGACCGGGAACACCGACUUCUUCCGAUGGAUUGAACGAUACCAACCCUUCGUCACAACUGGAUCCUGAACUGAUUGUCAUUAUCAAGAAAACGUCCAAGCGCGACUCGGUCACUAAAUUGAAAGCGCUAGAGGAAUUUGAAGCCUACUUGAAUGGCAAUCCAAAAACUAUCUCAGCGAUUCUACCGACUUGGGUCUCGAUGUAUGUUAAACUGGCCAUCGAUGUGGAUCGACGAGUACGCUUGGCAACCAAUAAUGUUCAUAUGCUGAUCACUGUUCAUGCAAAAAAGAAGCUGGCUCCCUUCUUGAAAGGAUUUAUUGCCACUUGGCUGAUCUGCAUUUUCGAUCCAAGCAAGGACGUGGCUCGCGCGGCCAAAAAAGCGUUCGAGUCUGUAUUUGCUGAAGACAAGCGUGCUGGAGCCAUUGCAUUCUGCCAAAAAGAGAUCCUCGACGUAUUGAACGAUAUGAUUUUGCAAAAGACGCCAGAAACGUUGAGUGACGCUCGUUAUGUUUCAAAGGAUGAUAUGGAAGCCAAAUUUGCUCGAGUCGUCUCCGCUAGCUUUUACAGCUUAGCUCACCUCAUCGAGACUUUAGCAUUGGAGGAACGACAAAAAUGCAUUGGAGAUUACGACGGAUUUUUCGACAACAGCGAGUUUUGGAAAUAUGUAUCACAUGACAAUCCGCUCAUUCGUCGAUCGGUUUAUCAUCUCAUCAAGGUGCUUUUGUUACAGUGGGAAGACGUACUAUUGCCUCGUCUUGAAAAGAUCUGCCCUGGUUUCUUUACCGCUGUGUUCACCGAGAAGGAAGCAUCCACUCACGCGGAUAUGUGGGACGCCGUGCUGUUGUUAACAAAGACCUUUCCCGAAUCUUGGCUAGUGGCUAGCAAGAAGAAACCGAUUCUGCCCAAGUUGUAUGCAUUUCUCCGAAUGGCAUUGAAUGGUUCCGUCAACAUUUCUUAUCCAAGUUUAUUGGCAUUGUGUGCCAAUUUACCUAACGAGUUGAAAGAUGCGCCAUCGUUUUACAAAGAUCUCUUUAGCAACUUUUGGAAAGGGCUCCAUACGGAUACUUUUGACAAAUCAAAUGCUCAUCUAUUCUUCAACGCGUAUAUGGAAUGUAUUGUGUAUUUUGCAGUGAACCAAAGUAAAAAGACAGAUGAUCAAGUGGCCCAAAACACCGUGACCGAUCUCAUGGACAUAUUUUGGGAGGCGGUUCAGAUUUUCUUUGUCGGAUCUCGAAGUAGAGUCGAGGAAAAGCUCAAUGUCAACACCACCACCGUAAUUGCCAAACAUUUAGCGGUGGUGGCAGCAAUUCCCAGCAUGAAAGAUUAUAUGAGCGGUUUCUGGUCGAAUCUGGAUCUCGUUUUCUGCCAGACGGUGAUCGAUUGCAAAGCUCCUACGGGUGAAAUGGAUAUGGGCGAAUUUAGUCUCAAAGUAGUGCACUUCCUCGAUGCAUUAUGCGCUGACUUGAAGUCCACUUCAACGGAUACCACGGAGGCCUGUCAAAGUCAGAUCGGUGGCAUUGUGCGGCGAUUAUUGACCACUUCGUUGGAAUCGAGUCUGGUACAUAAAGACAAAUCGCCUUCUUUGCUUCAGCUGGCAUACCAUCUAUUGAGUCGACAUGCACGCUUCCUGUUCCAUUCGUCGAGCGAUGAUGAUAAAAUCGUUCAUCUUUGCAAGUUGCUACUGGCGCUUUUGGCCGACGGGCCCCGUGAAUCGAUUUCGCCCUUGUUCGCUGUCUAUACUGCAGUAUUGAUAAAAAUUCCGGGUACUUCUCAAUCAAAGGAUCUGUGGAAUACGGUGAUGGCAAAACUGGUUACCAUGGCCGACGAGACUGCUUCGUUGGAUGACAAACUUCAACAAGCGAAUGCAUUGAUUGCUUUGUUGGAACAGUGCGCAUCCUUAAAUUUGGAUUCUAGUUACCAAUGCUCUGACUUGGAUAUCUUGGUUCACCGAUAUUCCAUCCAUCAGUCGACGUGGUCGACUUUCUCUGAAUCGAGUGCUUUACGCUUCUGUGUGGAACGGGUGACUGAGCUCAGCUUAUUAUUGCAUCUAUCGUUCGAUAUUUUAUCCAAGGCAACAGCCGAUUCUUUAUACAAAGAAUUGGAGAUGGUUAUGGAGAAAUUUACCAGCUUGUACUAUGCAUACAAUGAACAGACAAAGCAGACCGACAACAUUUCGCAACUCUUCUAUAUGACAGAAGCUGUCUUGGGCGUUUUGAAGCAUAUAUUGAAUCGCGACCACUUGUUAUCGCUCUUGCAAGGACCUUUCCGAAAUCUGCCGCAACAUAUUUUCGAUGCCAUGUUUAUGGAACACGUUCUGAGUGCCAGCUCCGAUAAUGAGCAGAACCAGCACCUGGCAAACAUUGUUCAAUUAGCAUCCAGCUUAUGGAAGGAAAUGUUGCAGACAUUGGAGGGCCAAGAGGCUCAAGUGACAGUGGAUUUGCGCCGAGCUGUAUUGCAACGUGUUCAUUCUUCCAUCAGUGACAUUCGCUGCUCCUCAAGUCCUUAUGAUUCGGUCCAACGAGUGAAAAGAUACAUCACCGAUCUUUGUUCACACGAUUCAACCGCACGACAAGAAGCGCUCGAUGUUUUCUUUGGAGAUUCUCAGAAAUGGAAGGACCUGUCGUCCGUUUUCGAGCUGUAUUCUUCAGAAUAUCUUGGUCUCUCGGUGACCGAUCGUUAUGCCGCUCUGGUUCAAUCACAACUUGUGGAUAGUGACGAACUGCCGUCGAUAAGCUAUGAUCUCUAUGGCUUGAGCGCUUAUGCUCGUCACAUCCUAUUCGUUACGGAAUAUAUUCUCGAUGUCGGCGUACAUGAAUUCUUCUUUGCAAAUGAUGACCAAGAUUGGAUGCUGCAGCAGCUCAUGACAACGAGCAUUGAAUGUCGAUAUGGUCUUGAGAUGCGUGGGCUUUGCCGUAUCUGGAACCAUCAAGCCACCGAAAGUUACGUUAUCAUGGAAACAUUUGUUCAACAUGCCGAAACCAUUUACGGACAGUGGGUGGAAUCAGCCGUCUCGCUGUCGUGUUCCAACGAAUGGAUGUCUCUACUGUAUCAUCAUUUACAGGCGAACGAAAACAUUCCUUCGGAAGAGCGGUUACUAUUAUGGACAGCCGAUCUUGUUAAAUCGAUACCUAAAAUGACGAAUGAUGUGGAAGACACGACUAGUCCGCAACAAGCAGCUGCUGCUCAACUCUUGGAACAGACUUUGACCGCAUUAUUGAAGCACUGUCAAUGGGAUCCCGCCUCGCUCAAUUUAUGGCUUGAUUUAGUAAAGAAUGAAACUCUUCAAGUGCAUUUGCUUGCGAAGUUCGCCAUCAUCAUGGCCAUCAAAGAUCAUAUCGGAGAUACACAGAGUUUCAGAAAUCUUCAAAGUGAUCUGACGAGUAAAUUAUCCAGUGUAACAACGAUGGAAGCGCUUGAAGAAGAGACGAACAGCAAAGCUUGGAGUUAUAUGGUCCUGUUGAACGCAACCUCUCUCAAAUUUGGCGGUAUAUCGAUUCCCCCUCAGCGAUUAAUGCACUUGGUGCUAUCGAUUCGUAAAUGGUUUGAACCUUCUUCCGCUGAAGACAAUCUUUCCACACUACAACGUAUCCGGGUGUCUGUUCAAUUAGCGCAACUGUGUAUGAACAUUGCAGAAACCAUCCAAGAUGUCUCUGGCGGACAAUGGGAUUUUUUCCUCCAACGAUGUUACGAGUGGGCAGCGUUUUCGGAUGCUUCUACGCCGGAGGAAUUACCAGUGAUUUAUUACGCAGUUUUACUGUAUCAGAAGCUUCAAGAUCUCGCAGUGGACGGCACGGACGAGUUGUCUUGCUGUGUAAAAGAGCAUGCAUCUUCCAUGGGCAACGCCCUGUUGAAGCUGCUUGCCAAUGAGCGUGCGGCAAAAGAGCCCAUUUCCAGACCCAGACAAGCAUAUCAGGAACUGUUGGCCGAUGUUCACGAACACAUACCAGAGAAAGUUUUGUUAUCCCACGUAGGAUUUAUGCCUGAUUUCUCUGCGUUACUGAAUGCAUCGAACGUAGUAAUCCAGCAGCGAGCUUAUUCGCUUUUGCGUGGUCAUGUACAACAUACAGCUCAGGAACUGUCGGUGAAUUUGGAAUUUAAUGCCACGAACGAACAAGAGGUCAGUGCAGAAAUUGAAAAGCAUAUCCUCCAUGGAUUGCAACAAGCGCCUAAUCUAUCCAAAUGGCAUACUUCCGAAUUUGGUGACGAGGAAUUACACACGGUCCUGGGUUAUAUGUUAUCUUGGCAGCUGAUGUUUGACCAUUUCAAAGAUAUUACCUUCAAGUUGAAACAAGAAUACACAGAACAGUUGAAGGAAUCCAAUGUAGUCGAUCCAUUGCUUCGAAAUCUCUUCCGCAUUUUGGGCGUCGGUGCUGGACAAGAGGCUGUGCCUUUUGACUUGCAUCCAUGGGAUAUCACUACUUACGAUAUUGAAGGGUUUGAUGCCACUUCUGAGUUGAGCUAUGUUUUGCUUGCUUCACAUUUGUACUAUCGAGCGCUCGUGCAUAUUCCAUCGCUGGUCAGAUUAUGGUGGGUGGAUUGCAAAAAUCGUCAGCUGACCAUCGCAGUGCAAAGUUAUACGGAAAAACAUUUCAGUUCCCGUUUGAUUGCCAAUGAACUGGAUCUUUUAAUCCGUCCUGAUAUCAAGACUCAACUGGAAGAUAACGAUGACAAUGAAUUUUCCGUCAAGGCAAUGAAAGCAGCCAACGAAGUGUCAGCGACGUAUCGCGUGGAUGAACAAGAUAUGCAAAUUGUUAUCAAAUUACCGGCCAAUUAUCCUUUGCGACAAAUUGAUGUUGAGGGCGUGCAGAAAGUGGGAGUGAAUGACAAACAAUGGCGAGGAUGGAUCCUAGCCAUCACGUCCAUUAUUGGAUCACAGAACGGAAAUAUCGUGGAUGCCCUAACAAUAUUCAAGCGAAACGCCAACCUUCAUUUUGCUGGUGUCGAAGAUUGUACCAUUUGUUAUUCCAUUAUUAGUGCUCAGGAUCGAUCGAUUCCCAGCAAACAAUGUCGUACCUGCAAGCACAAAUUCCACGCAAGCUGUCUUUAUAAGUGGUUCCGAUCAUCCAAUUCAGCUAGUUGUCCUCUUUGCAGAACCGUAUUCUAGGCUUUUUGAAUUUUUUUUUUAUUGGCCAUUAUUUCCCAUUCCAGCUCGAUCGUCGAUGUAUUUACUCGAAAAGUUGUAGCUUUACUAUUUUGAUAGACAGACUGAGCUCUACAGCACGAGUAACAUCCUAG